AUGAAGUCCAUAAACUUACAUUCAUAUUCAUUCGUAAAGAUUGCUGGAGAUUGUCCUCACAUCAUUGAAAAUUCAGGCAAUCAGUCUGUUGGCCAAAUGUUUAUAAUAUUAGAACCACUUAUUUCACAAAUUAUGUGCGCUCAUGUCUGCUUUCACGUUGAUGAAAUCUCUUCAGAUAUUUCAUUGUCGUUUGGUCUUUUUCAUGUUUCGCCAAAAGCUGUGACAAAGGCUGAGAAGUCUAACUUAAUUGUGAGGAAUUUGGGCAUAGGCACUAUAUUUAUGGGUACUCUAAUCAAGCGUAUUGUACAUAUGAAUUUUGACAUAUAUGAGAGAAAACAUAUCAACCAAGGGUCAUUAGGGGGUUUCACCAGUCUUUUUUCGAUACUUAUUAUUAUUGGCUGGUGCUUAAACUACCGCUAUAUCCAACAGUCAAGCAUCCAAAGCUGGUGA